AUGUUGUCUUCCGCUGCUCUUCUUGAUGAGUUCAAGAAAGACCUUGCCAACCUCAAGGAUAAUGAUAAAUACAAAAUAAAUGCUCUUACUUAUUUUGCGCGUGAUUACCUGGAUCAAAGUGGAAUACCUGAAGGCGUAGUCGCGGCCACCACUUCCAACGUGCGCUCAGUUUCCUCGGGAUUGAAGCUUAUCGCCCUCUAUGUAAUCGAUUCGAUAGUUAAGAACGUAGGGGGCGUCUACAGGAUGUUGUUCUCCGACGGGAUCGUGGACCUUUUUGUGCAUUCAUUUGAAUCGAUCAGAGAUGAAAAGGGGCGUAUCAAACUUUACAAUCUACGGGCCACAUGGCGAGAUGUUUUUCCGAACAGUCGAAUGUAUGAGCUUGAUGUUCGAGUUCGUGAGCAUGAUCCUGCCUGGCCACUUUUGGCAAAGCCAGAUGAUGUUAGAUCAUCAAUCAGAUCUUUGCCAAAUGUUCCAAAGAUAUCAAAGGCUAAAGCCGAAGAUUCGUCUACUGAUCAGCCAGGCGAGUCUCAAGAACAUAGGAAUUCUGACAAAUCGGAUACUCACACUAAUUCACGCGAUCCUCGACUAAACAGAAAUAUCAAACACUCUCCAAUUACCGAGGAAAAAUGUAGUCCCCUGGAUGAAUUUAUGAUUGAUCGGUCUGGUGACAAGACGAUGGAAUCAAAAGCAAGAAAACAAGGGAAGAAAUCAAUGCAGCCAAGGGAGGAUGCUUCUCAACCGCUUUUUGGUGUUCGAGAUAAAGAUAUGAGGCCACAGGAUUCUCCAUCCCUGCCAGCGAUUUCCCCUGCCCGUAGUGGUAUAUGGUCCAGUUACUUUGGUAAGCAUAGUGAGGUGAUCUCCAGACGAGCCAGUCAGGACAUUGAUAUGCGCUUUUCUUGCUCAAAUCAGAAACCUCAAUCGUCUCCAACUGAAGAAUCCAACCUUAGUCCUACUCUUCCUCAUAGCCCCAGAGACCCUAGGAUUCCGCUCAAGUCUGCUAUAGCUCCGGUACCUCAAAAUGCUCAUGCACCGCGGACCUCUUAUUGUGAUUCCCUACCCCUUGCAAGUCACUAUAGACAGUCUGCUCCGGUUCCACGCCAAAGCAGAUCUCCCAUAUCACAGGAACCCGAAUUCCAUCGAUCUCACCUGCCGGUCUAUCCAUCCCUACCACCGCUACCUCCUUUUCCCCGCGACCAUCAUCCACGACGUUCUCCAUCCUCCUUGCCCCGCGUUCCUCCAAUCAGUGGUCCUACUUGGAAUGUUGAAAUCGAAGGUUUUCCUGAUAUGAUAAACAUUGGAGUAGAUCCUAGAAUGCUUUCCCUUGUUACUCAUCCGAGACCGCCUAGGCGAAUUACUAUUGAUGGAUAUCAA